CACUCUCGAUUAGAUUGCGUGCUUUGGAAGUAGGCGGUCUUUGACCCAUUGCUCGCUGUACUUUGAUAUGUGUUCGGCUCAGCUGUAGAGUCAGUAGAGGACAACUGGGCUGUGCGGAGGAUUUAUGUGUUUGACAAUGUGAGUUAAUCUAUGGAAAACUAAAACCGAAAUUAUAGUCUACAGAAAAACUAGACCUACACUUUCGGAGGUUCACAGACAGACGACUACAUACUCAAACAUUUGGUCCUGAGGCCUGAGUGCCAUGCCAGAGGAGUCCCACAGUGCUCUCCAUAAGGGCCCAAUGGGGGAAGAAUCUCCUCGGUUGUACUCUGCCCUCUCCAUCAGUGGUGGCCAUGAGAGACAAGACGGCUACUGCCGGCUCUGUGCUGACCCCUCAGCGGGAGAGGCUGAGCGUCCAGUGAGUCUGGUGUCCACUCUGUCCUCAGUAUCCUCCCAGGACAGCCACAGCCUCUACGGCAGUACCUCAGCCCUCCCCUCCACACCACCUCCCCCCAGUGGAGCGGACAUUGACCUGGAGCUCAGCCCUGCAGAGGGAGCCAGGGAGCAGCCACAGAUCAAGACGCAGGGCCUCAGCCAGGGGGGGACCAGAGACCAGUGGCUGAACCACAGUCAGACCAGGUCCCAGUGCAACAACAACGCCACCACCAACAGGAGGACUAAUGCACCUCAGACCCAUACCUCACCCUUUGCCACUGAAGCCAUGGCGCCCAACCCUAAGCUCAGCUACGUGGACCAUGUAGUCAUGGAGAUAAUUGAGACGGAGCGCAUGUAUGUCAGGGACCUUCGCAGCAUCGUGGAGGAUUACCUGGCUCACAUCAUAGACAUGGACAACCUUCCCAUUCGUCCAGACCAGGUUUCUUCCCUGUUUGGGAAUAUAGAGGACAUAUAUGAGUUCAACAGUGAGCUGCUGCAGUCUCUGGACAUGUGUGAGAAUGACCCGGUUGCUGUGGCCAGUUGCUUCGUAGACAAAAGCGACGCUUUUGAAAUCUAUACACAGUACUGCACAAACUACCCCAACUCUGUGGGUACACUGACCGACUGCAUGAGGAGUACGACUCUGGCCAAGUUCUUCAGGGAUCGCCAGGCCUUCCUCAAGCGUUCUCUCCCCCUGGGCUCCUACCUGCUCAAACCUGUCCAGAGGAUCCUCAAAUACCACCUGCUUCUGCAGGAGAUCGCCAAGCACUUUGACCCUGAGAAGGAGGGCUAUGAGGUGGUGCAGGAGGCCAUUGACACCAUGACCGGGGUGGCCUGGUACAUCAAUGACAUGAAGCGGAAACACGAGCACGCUGUCAGGCUGCAGGAGAUCCAGUCUCUCCUGAUCAACUGGAAGGGUCCUGACCUCACUACGUAUGGAGAGCUGGUGCUGGAGGGAACCUUCCAGGUCCAACGUGCCAAGAACACCAGGAUGCUGUUCCUCUUUGACAAGAUGCUCCUCAUCACCAAAAAGAGAGGAGAGCACUAUGUCUACAAGACACACAUAUUGUGCUCGACCCUGAUGCUGCUUGACAGCGCCAAGGACCCCCUGCACUUCAGUGUGAUCCACUUCAAGCAUCCCAAGCAGCCUCACACUGUGCAGGCCAAGACUGUAGAGGAGAAGCGCCUCUGGGCUCAUCAUAUCAAGAAACUGAUUCUAGAGAACCACCACACCAUUGUCCCACAGAAGGUAAAAGAGGCCAUCCUCGAAAUGGAUUCUCUCUACCCAGGGUCGGGGAAGUACCGCUACAGCCCAGAGAGGCUGAAGAAGGCUGGAUACUGCCGGGCUGAAGACCUUUCCGCAGAGGGGAGACCCGGGCGCAGGACAUCAGAACCAGGGAAACAGAUCGUAAGGACAACCAAAGCCAUUCUGAAGCUACAGCACACAGACAGUGAAGGUGCUCUUCUGGGGGACAGGCGUUCCCUGCAGCCAACUGCUAGUGUCAGUAUGCUGGGCUCCAGUCUAGGUGAGGCUGAGAGGCCUGGUGUGCUGGGAGCCCAGGAGAAGAUAGGCUGCGGGAGGGCAUCUCUGGAGCAGCUGAGCCCCAGUGAGGACCCUAAGCCAGGGUCCUUACCCUGCCAGGGGGGCACUGAGCAGCAGGAGGAGGAGACUGAGGAGGAGAAGGGGGAGAUAAACACAGAUGAUAUUCUGAUAGAGGAAGACCAGGAUGAAGAACACUAUGAGGAUGUAGUUAAGAAGGGACCAAUGGGGGAGAGGAUGGAGACAUCAGCCCAGGAGAUCAGCGAGUUGGCUACAGAGGAGACCUUCACUGACCAGGUGUAUGUGGAGGAGGUUCCUCCUCAUGGCAGUGCUCCUAAGGUAGUAGUGAUGGAACAGAGUGAGGCGAACCCACCCCUAUACACAGAGCCUGAUGCUUUGCCAACCCUGCCUCCCAGACAGCCUGAGACGUCUCUGACACUGGAGCCUGAGAGGGGUAUCGGGGGAGGAGUGGUGGAAGAGGGAAGGUACAGAGCGGGAGGGGAGGAAGAGAAGAGUGACUGCUCUGUCCAACAGGACGAGAUGAACUCAUCAGUGACAAAUGGAGAGUGUUCAGAAUUUGGUGCGGUGGUGGGAACUGAGACCAGCCGCAUCCUGCCUGCCUCUGUGUUGGACCAGGGCAGUGUAAUCACUGAGCAUUUUGUGGGCAGCCUGGUGGUCUCAGAGGACCUGUGUUCCCUGGGCUGCCCCUCACCUCAGUUGGGCAGCAAGAGCAGCAGUACACCCUGUCUGAACACUGAGCUCGAGGAGAAGGUCCAGACCCUGGUUAACUCCACCCCAGAGCACCCACUGCUCCUGAAAGGCAACACCUCUACGCCUGCCCCUAGACCAGACCACCUCAUGGAGGUGGAGCGCAGAUCCACUCUCUCCAAGCAGGACCGGAUACUCAUCCACAAGAUCAGGAGGUACUAUGAGCAUGCAGAGCACCAGGAUGCCAGCUUCAGCAUCAAGCGCAGGGAGAGCCUGUCCUAUAUUCCUGCAGGCCUGGUCAGACACCUGAGCCGGCAGCUCAACAGCAAACCCCAGGACCAAGCGGUUCCAGGGCACGGGAAGGUCUCCCCGAACAACCGGCCCACAUCCUGGUCAGUGUUCGACCUUCCUGGCUUAGAAAAAGAGCAGAGGACUAAUAAUACCCCUGUGCUGGAGCCACAAAAAGCUGCAGACAUCAAGCCCAGGUCCCAGAGUGUCAAUGAUGCUCCUGUUGGAGACGAGGAUGAGUUCUUCAGACCAUCCUUGGACAUGGUCCAAGUGUGGCAAGACAUAGAGAUGGAGGAGGUUUAUGGGAGCCUUGGGAAACCCAAGGGUAUCCAGGGUACAGAGGACAUUGUCCAUCCCAGAUCACUUCUAUCCCGGAAGGGGGGAACCAGCAGAGAGAUCCUUGAAGCUGAGUAUAUCAAGCCCCUGAGGAUCCUGGAGGAGUCAGACAUGGGUGCUGUCUCAGAGGAAUCCCCAUCACCCAUCACAACUUCCCCAGACCCCUUCUCAGGGCAGGAGUCCUGCCAGUAUAAGACUCCCAAGUCCUGGGAGAAAGACACAGUCAGUAGAUCUCCCCUCCCCAGGAAUAUCAGCCUGCGUUUAGGGGUGGAAGAGGACCUGAUUCUGCAGGAUAUGGAGAAGAUGAAGAACAAGGUUUUCCAACUGGCCCGCCAGUACAGCCAGCGCAUCAAGAACAGCAGGCCCGUGGUGAGGCAGAGAAACAUGGAGGCUGAGAACCACCUUGCCUUUAAGAACCUACCAGCUGUCUAUGAGGAGAAGGUCCAAAGAAGAGACUGGGGUAGGCCUAACCUGACACUGUCACUCAAAUCCUAUGAGCAGGUGGUCGUGCAUGAGCGGAGGACCCCAAGCCCAGUCCCAAUUCUCAACUCUGGGGCUAGCUCACAGGUCACGUCCCCCUGUCCCAACAGUCCUCACAGCCCAGUGCAGACACAGAGUUUCCACUGGCCAGAUGUCCAGGAGCUGCGCUCCAAAUACACUAACCACAGGCUGGACCUUGGUUCCUCCCACCCAUCACCUGUCAGCCAUAGCCCAGAGAGGAUGCAGAGUUUCACUGAGGGCUUCAGUACCUCAUGGAGCCCCGAUGGCUACUCAUCCAGCUGCAACUGCCCCACAGACACUAACAGUGGACUAACAGACUCACUUGAGACUAUGUCAUCCAUGGACCACCAGGGUGGGGGCUCUGUUGGAGAGGCUCAGCCCCAGCCUCCACUUUGCAGGUGGCACUCUUUUGAUCACUUGCUAGGAACACUGCCUCUACAGGAGCUGCAGAACCUUCCGGAGACAAUGAGGAGCUGUUACAUGGCUGGUCAGGCUACCCUGCCCAACCAGCACAAGGUUAUUAUAGUGGAGAGGGUUGCUAGCGAUGGGCCAGAGGAGACUGGAGGGAAGACGAGAGUGGAGGAACAAGGAGCUAAAGGAAAGACCAAACUUAAAAUCUCGAAAAGCCUCGAUUACCAGUACUGUGCCAAGAGGUCUGCACUGACUUCAGGCAAAAAGAUCGAGAGUAGUCUGGUAAAAAACCUACGAGCAAAAUUCCAGAACUUGGGAUCAAACACAAACACUGUAAAUGCCCUGCCUAUUUGAUCGCUUUCUGUAAAUAAUGAAAUAAGCCUUUUCUUACCUAUAUAUGCAAUUGACGUCGAGGAAUAUGACUAUAAAUACUGUCUAUUAGGCAGUAACUACUGCUACUGUGUUAGGAGUACCAUUUUCUUUUUCUACUUUUUGUCUGUAUUAUCACCUUCUCACAUCACUCUUUUCUCACUUCUGGUGUUACCUACUAGGGAUAUUGAACAAUCAAGGGCACCCCAUGGGAAAAUAUGUUGUGACUUUGUAAAAUGUGUAAAUAGUUGUAAAUGUGUCUUGUUCUUACACCAUCAUGAAAUGUGUUUACAUAAAGAGAAUGACUAUGUAUAUAAGGAAAAUGGUUUUGAGAAAAACGUCAGCAUAUUGAAGUAGAUCUGUCCAGAUUACCCUUUUUUUUUUAUUUUAUUCUGUGUAACGCUGCAAUGGUCAUCCUCUAUUUGUGAAUCAAUUGUGAGGGUCAUAAGCAAGGAAAUGGUGUAAAGAGAUAUGUGACUUAAUAUAUAAAUGGGAGUAAAUCUGGAAGGCUGGGCCACCAUUUUUAAGUUAUUUAUUGUGGAUUUACAGCCAUUAGGAUUCACUCAAUCCUAUUUGACCUUUGGUCAAAGUGUUUUUCCUUCAGUUGUUUAAAAAUGGGAGAUGUAUGGUCUGUGCUGUCUACUAUUCAGCCAAAUGCGCCACAUUUAGCUACUACUCAAUACUAUGAUUGUUUUCAUACAUCACUGGAGUUGUUUUCUGAUCUAUUUCCUUGUUAUUUAUAAAAAUGAUCCUCGUCUUCCUAGACCUUUUCAUUCCAGAAACGGCACAGAAUAAUUUCAUACCUGAAAUGGCAUAUAUGCUCAAUAAAAUCUGAGCUAUUGAAAUUACAAUA